AUGGUUGAGAGACCUAACCCUAAAAUAGUUCCAGAUCCAGUUUAAGAACCUGCAAAAGUUAAGAUUGUGGUAGUAGGUGAACCUUCUGUUGGGAAAACUUGUCUUUCAAAAAGAUUUGCUUUGGGAACGUUCAAUGCGAAUGAAGAAAAAACAAUAGGUUCAGAUUUUUAUUCAAAGACUUUGAAUAAGUCUGCUACAAUUAAAGCAAAUGUUGCUUUCACUCUAUGGGAUUUAAGUGGUGAUUAAACAUAUGUUGAGGUGAGAAAUGAAUUUUACAAGGACUCGUAGGUCCUCAUGAUAGUAUAUGAUGUUACUAAUAAAAAGAGCUUUGACGCCAUAGAUAUGUGGUUAAGGGAAGUUUCAAAAUAUUAAGGUGAACAUCUUUAGAAUGCUACCAUAAUUGUUGGGAAUAAAUCUGAUUAAAAAAGCAGAAGAGCUAUAACAAAAGAUGAUGCUGAGAGUUGGACAAAGUAAAGAGGAUUCUUUGGAUAUUAUGAAACUAGUUCUUCCGAGGGUAAUGGAUUUAAUCAGUUAUUCUAAGAUAUUGCCACUUCAUUCGCUUGA